AUGGAAGCUACUUUCUCUGAGCUUUUCGCUCCUUUCGCCCAACAUAAUGACGAGAAAAAGUUUUCCUUUGUAACUUUAUUUUGUUUUCGUAAGCUGCACGCUUUAUUUGCUUCUUGGAAAAGUUGGAUGGAAGACGGGCCUCCGAUAGAUACGGAAUCCUUGAAUGAUGGUCGAGCCCUAGUAGAACGUGAACAACGAAAAGGCGAUGUGAUUAGCCCGACCAGAGCUGUAAUGACCCUUUCGAAGUCUAUGUUCAAUGCCGGAUGUUUUUCUCUUCCGUAUGCUUGGAAACUUGGCGGUCUUUGGGUUUCAUUUGUGAUGUCCUUUGUAAUUUGCGGCUUUAAUUGGUAUGGAAACCAUAUUCUUGUGCGUUCCAGUCAACAUCUUGCUAGGAAGUCCGAAAGAUCGGCAUUAGAUUAUGGUCACUUUGCUAAGAAAGUCUGUGACUAUUCUGAUAUACGAUUUCUUCGCAACAAUUCGAAGGCAGUCAUGUAUGUCGUCAAUAUUACUAUCUUGUUUUAUCAGUUGGGAAUGUGCAGUGUGGCAAUCUUGUUUAUUUCGGAUAACAUGGUAAAUUUGGUUGGAGAACACCUCGGCUCAACGCACCAAGAAAGGAUGAUUGUUGCAGCUACAAUUGCUCUUGUUCUUGUGGCUUGUACAAAUAUGUUCACCGAGAUUCGAGUUAUUUCAUUCUUCGCAUUGGUCUCUGCUAUAUUCUUCAUGCUCGGUUUGUUGGUGAUCAUGCAAUUCACUAUUCGACAACCAUCUCAAUGGCGCGAAUUACCUGCAUCAACGAAUUUUACGGGGACGAUAAUGAUGAUAGGAAUGGUUAUGUAUGCGUUUGAAGGACAGACGAUGAUAUUGCCCAUCGAAAAUAAACUGGAGCAUCCCGAAUAUUUUUUGGCGACUUUUGGUGUUCUGCCCACAACGAUGGUAAUUUGUGGUGCUUUUAUGACAGCUCUAGGCUUUUAUGGUUAUACGGGUUUUGGAGACAAGAUUGCUGCAACAAUUACAACUAAUGUACCAAAGGAAGGCCUCUAUUCGACUGUCAAUGUUUUUCUGAUGAUUCAAACUUUGCUCGGGCAUUCAGUGGCUUUAUAUGUAGUCUUCGACAUGUUUUAUAACGGGUUCCGUCGGAAAUUUUUGGCUAGAUUCCCUAACACGCCAAAAAUCGCAGUUGACAAAGGAUUUAGGUUAUUCUGGGUAUUUCUCACUUAUCUUAUGGCAAUCGGAAUUCCUCAGCUGGAAAUUAUGAUCCCUUUGGUCGGUGUUACUUCGGGGACGUUAUGUGCCCUUGUUUAUCCACCGUUGUUUGAAAUGAUAACAUUUUGGACUGACUGGAAGGGGCUGUUAACUUAUCGCCAACGAGUCCUAAAAAUAUCAUGGAACUGCUUCGUGAUCUGCCUUGGAAUCUUCGCAAUAGUUGCCGGUGUCUAUUCCAACAUAGUUGCCAUUGUGGCUUCGUUUAAACAACCAGAACCG